AUGAAAUACGACAUCUGUGUGCUGCUGUGUUUGAUUCUACAGCUCCUGAGCUUUAGCACCAAAGCACAGUCCCGAUAUGCGUGCCUUCAAGGACGGCCCGGGUUUUUCUCUAGCCAAUCAGAUGACGAUUCUCAUUCUGCUGAGGAUUUGAUGUCCGGCUCGUCAACAAUGACGGGGACAUUGGGAUGUGACGACAUGCCCGGCACGCGCAUCCUGGUUUCAAAGGUUAUCCAUGGUCGUGGAGGUCCAUUCGCGUCCUGUGGCAGUCCGAACGAGUUCUGUGACGACGUCAUUUACAGCAAUAGUCGACUGGCAGUAAUGUGUGACAGGAAGAUUCGAUGUUUCCCUAGCACUACUUCCAAACUGAUUCCUCACUGUGGCACCAACAGCAACUUUAUCCACGUGGAGUACGAAUGUGUCAACCCCUGGUCAGUGUUUGAUAUUUGUCACGACUCCAAUACAAAUGUCCAGUUGUCUACCUUGUACAUCACCUCUCCGAAGACCACGAGUGCAGCUUCCUCCUGCGAGUGUAUAAUAAAAGGUCAAGUGAAUGGACAGAUAACGCUGGACUAUGUCCAGUCUAACACGGACAGUACACGAUGUGGAACCAACUACCUGUUAGUGGAGAGUAAGACACUGGGCAACCAAACAGCCGUAAACAAACAGAACAACAUAUGCGGACGAAAGACCGUCGCCAAGGAUACUUAUCACGGAUCUGUCCGUCUUACUUACGGGACCAAGUCGUCGUUCUUUAACAGUGGCUUCCUGACCAAAAUCGUGGUGCCGGACGGUGCUUCACAAGACGUGUCUGUCCAAUGCGGUGCCGUGUUUUCCGAACAAGAUCAACAAACAAAUACUCGAGGAGGUACAAACGGCCCCCCGCUGUAUAGACAGAUGGAUGGAUACUUCGCCGCCUACAACAGAUUUCUGACGACGGUUUCUCCAUUUCAGGACCCAUAUUAUGACAACAAUUCUACCCAGGGCUCAGGAAGAAAUGCUGCACGUGCAACUAGUCCUAUUGGCGUGAGUCCACCAAGUGGCCAAUGGCGUGGCCCAGGACAUCGUCCACCUUACUGGAACAGAGGUUACCAACGUUACGGGCCAAGGCACUAUCCACCUUAUGGACCCGCGCCUGCUAGAACAACCAACUCAACAGGCCCGGCAGGCAAUAACACCACGUCACCUCAGAACAAUGUUCAUCACUUCAAUCGGCCGCGAUAUUACCCUCCAACUGUUUCACCUUUUUGGAGAUUCAUGCGCCAACGCCGAAAUAGGAACUUGGAUCUUUUUGCAGAAGAUCCUAUGUUUAGGCGAUGGGGUUUCCAACAAGGUCCUCCAAUGGGUCGUUGGCCACAGAAUAAGGGUCCACCCACAGGCGGCCCUAAAGCGAACGUAAACGGCACCAAGUCAGCUAAGCUUCCGACCGAUGUGGAGUUCAUCGGGAACUCUGCAACGCGAAACAACAUAGAACCGAAAAAGAACAAAGGACAGAAUACUCCACCUGGUGCUCCACAGGCUCGCAAGAGCGAGAGUGUCACUGAGGAAAAAUUUCCCACAGAAGCAGGACGACUUGCGGCCUAUAUCAUAGGAGGUACUGGAGCGGUUCUUUCAGCUGUCGGAGGUGUGGUCAUGGUCUUACUCUGCAGCAGAAGGAAGAGACGGAGGGAGUCUGCUGGUAACAGUGAUGGAGCUUCCCAGGUUAAUGUCGGUCCUAUAUACUCUUUGCCGACUCACAACCUUGGACGCGUGCACGUUAACGCUGCGUAUGUAAGUUCUGACGGGGAAGGGUCUGAGGCGGGAUGGAGUGAGCUUGACCUUGACGACCCAGCUGACCCUUAUACAACCGCUCACAUUCCAUCUCAUGCCGCACGAGGAGAUAGCAAUGUCACUGCUACCCGAAGUGAAGGUCGUCCCAUUGCGGCUGAUCUAUCAAGUGGAACUGUUCUCGGAAUUUCUAACUUGGCCUGUCCGGCCACCGGAGAGUCCAGGAAGAGUAGUCAGCCAAUCUACGAUAAUAACAUCUGA